UUCAGUCUGGACUAAAAUCUUAAAGGUUUCUUCUUACCAUUAAAAGCUCUAUGGACCUUAAGUAUUAAUUUCUCAAAGCCAGCUGCUAUAUGUUUGAAAAUUGGGUCUUGUAUUUGAGAUAUAUGUGUAUAUCAUGUUUGCAAUAUUUGUAUAUUCAUUACUGGAACUAAAUAAACUGUUAAAAAAAAGAAAGAAAAAAAACUACACAUGUUUAACAGAAAGUGCUAUUUACAACACAUAUUUUGUGGGAUCUUGUAGGCCACCUUUUUUUAUAAUUUGCUUUCAAUCAUAUAUAAUUUGUGCAAAGCAUUGCCUUCAUGGCAUGUUUUGAGGGACGAGAGGACCUGUUUUCCAUUUUAGGAAGUACUUGGCACCCUUCAAAAUAUGAUUCCAAGAUCAUUUGUUUUGCAAGCAGAGGCUUUGUAUUUGUCGAGACAAGAUUAUAAUCUCAUCACAAAGUGGAUAAACACCUCUAUAAAAAAUAUUUAGUUUGAGAUGACAGAGCACCUGUCUCCAAGAAACGCUUGUCGUCACACCAGGUAACAUGGCAACAGACUGUCAACAAACCAACAGUAAUGAGCUGGUGCGCGAUGCAAAAAAAAAAAACACGAAAGAUGAGCAUGAUGAAACGUAAGCAGCCUGGACUGCGGUGGUGAAAGAGCACUGAGUGGGAGUUUACUAACGAAAAGGGACCAUGUCGGCCAUAUCCGUGUUUAAUGAUGCACCUACCGCUCCUCCAAAACAAGAGACGAAGAUCUUGGCCGACUUCAGGAGAGAUACUACACCCGAGAAGGUAUACCUCGCAGGACGUGAAUACAUUACUGAAGAUGGCCAGACAUCAAUAUUUCCCCUCCUAUGGAAAAUAAAGCAACAAAUUGGAUCAGACCCUACCCUCAUCCCAGGGUACUCCCCUGUUCUUGGUUUAUCUGAACUGACCAAGAGAGUGGUGGAGCUUGCACUGGGCAAAGACAGCACUGCCAUAGUGGAAAACAGGGUGUUGGGGACGCAGGCAGUGGGUUGUGUGGGAGCUGUGAGGCUGGGCGCGGAGCUGCUGAGGCGCUGGUGUAACAACUCCGCUUCCUGGUGCGGACCCAUCCUGCUGCCCUCACCCUGUGAUGACUCACUUGCAGAGACCUUCGAGGCAGCAGGGCUGGGUGACGUCUGCUACUAUCGCUACUGGGAUGCCAAGAGUCUGGGAGUACGUGUGGAGAGCGUGCUGAGGGAUCUAGAGGAGGCUCCGGAGCGGAGCGUAGUGGUUCUGUCUGCCUCUGGUCACUACCCCACGGGAGCCGACCUUUCUGUGGAUGACUGGAAACUUGUGGCAGAAGUCAUGAUGAAGCGUAGGUUAUUUCCUUUCUUCCUGAUGUCAGGACAAGGCUUGUCCAAGAGCUUUGAGAAGGAUGCUUGGCCCGUCCGUCAUUGUGUGUCUUUGGGUCUGGAGGUGAUGUGUGCCCAGUCCUUCGGCCACACAUUUGGUUUGUAUGGGGAGCAGGUGGGACACCUCCUGUGUGUACUGAAGCACAACUCCCUCCUGCUGGCAGUCCAGUCACAGUUGGAGAAGUUGGUCCAAACACUGUGGUCCUCUCCUCCGACAGGCGGUGCCCGUGUGGUGGCCACUGUCCUCAGCAACCCUGCACACCUUGUUGAAUGGCAAGAAGGUGUGAGGGGUUAUGUGGAGAGGUGCAUGCUGGUCCGGGAGCAGCUCAGGGAGAAGCUGAGGCUUCUGGGAUGCCCAGGACAGUGGGAUCACCUGACAAAACAAACAGGACUGUACUGCUGCAUUGGCCUGAGUGGUCAACAAGUGGAAUUCCUGGGCAAAGGGAGGCAUGUCUACCUAUUGCCUAAUGGGUGUCUGAACAUAAGCGCAAUCAAUGGCCGUAAUAUUGAUUAUGUGGCUGAAUCCAUCCAUUUGGCUGUAACCUCUCUCUGAUUCCUAAAAAUAGGUGGUCCUUUUCUUUUUAUACAUAUACUAUACCUUACAGUGGCGUUUCUACAUUAGGGGCACAUGGGGCACUGCCCCACCAGAUCCAGAUGGUGCU